AUGCAUGAAUGUGAUAAGGCCUGUGUUGGUUGUAUGGGUGGAGGACCUGCCCGCUGUAGGAAAUGUGCUUCUGGUUACAGAUCAUCAGGCAUGAGAUGCAUAGAUAUAGACGAGUGCGCUGAGGAGGUGUUGGCCUGUCCUAGGGUCAGUAUGUUCUGUGUAGAUCCAGAGGGCUCUUUUCACUGUCACUGUGCAGUGGGUUACACAUGCAGAGGCGACACCUGUGAGAGGAGCCAGACAACAGGUGAAAAGGGUAUUUUUGAUGACAUUCAGGAGGAUGAAAUUGAGGUUCUGCAACAGAUGUUCUUCGGUGUUGUGCUGUGUGCAUUGGCCACAUUGGCGGCUAAAGGGGACUUGGUGUUCACCUCCAUCUUUAUGGGGGCAGUGGCAGCUAUGGCUGGAUACUGGCUAUCUGAUAAAAGCGAUCGAGUGAUAGAUUCCAUCUUGAAGGGGAGAUAA